ACACUUUCUGCAGCAUUCGGGAUGGAUUACUUAUACUUUGCGCGUCACAGUAAGGUGAAGUUGGGCCUAAAGCUCUAUGCGGAGGCCCUUUCGGACGCGGAAAAGGUCAUUGAGCUCAACCCUUCGUCUUAUCUCGGGUACGAACUAAAGCACGCAGCGCUUCAUGGAGCACAUCGCCAUUAUGAUGCAUUCGAAGCCUUAACAAUCAUGCUCUCCAAGUUGAAUGAUACACUCGACUAA